UAGUGCGAGGAAUAGAAGGGAUUGAAUGAAUUGAAAUCCUUGUUCUUCUUUUUCGCCCUUUUUCGUUUGCAAUUGAAACCCUCAAAAUCGCCCUAGACAAAAGCUAGUUCGUCCAAUUGAUUAUGUUUAUGGGUUUAUGGGCUAUAAUAUACCAGUUCGGUACGUAUUCUACGAAUCCUAGUGUUUUUGGACCGAAACUUACGAAACAACGCGUAUUCGAAAUGUGAGUUAUGAAACGACAAUAUUUCUUUGUUUUUGCCGAAUUCGAAAAGGUGUUCUUUGCUUAAAACACAACUUCGGUACUUAUGAAACAAAACAUAGCGUGUUCGGAAGCUAGAAUACAAAAAAUAUGGAGUUUCGUAUUGUAGGAACCAAACUAAAUUAGUAUAAAAAAAUUAGGGGCAUUUUGGUAUUUUGGGGGGUUUAAGAGCAACUAGUCGGCCUAAAAAGCCAAUUUUAUGAGAUGGGUUGUGGAGGUAUGACAGUCUAUUGGGCCGUAAGUCCAAACCCAAUCACCCAACUGGCGCUAAUGGUAUAAACACGAAGCCGUCAGAGUGAAAUGGAUAGAAACCCUAGCAGCGAUACCCAUCCCAUCCGUGAGAAGUGAACCCUAGCAAGGAAGAAGAUCCAAGCCAGUGUUAUCGCAAUCAUGGCCGAUGUUGAACCUGAGGUAGCAGCACAAGGAGUGCCAAAGAAGCGUACAUUCAAGAAGUUCAGUUUCCGUGGAGUUGAUCUCGAUUCUCUCUUGGAUAUGAAGACUGAUGAACUCGUCAAGCUUUUCUCUGCUCGUGCCCGCAGAAGGUUUCAACGUGGUUUGACCCGUAAGCCUAUGGCACUCAUCAAGAAGCUCCGCAAGGCAAAACGUGAGGCACCAGCUGGUGAGAAGCCGGAACCUGUGAGGACUCACCUCCGUAACAUGAUCAUCGUGCCUGAGAUGAUUGGUAGCAUCAUUGGUGUCUACAACGGAAAGACCUUCAAUCAGGUUGAAAUUAAGCCUGAAAUGAUUGGUCACUAUUUGGCUGAAUUCUCAAUCUCUUAUAAGCCUGUUAAGCAUGGUAGACCUGGUAUUGGUUGUAGCGCCCUCCCUAAAAAUUAAGACUAAUUCUAAGGA